AUGCACGGCCUUUUGCUUGCCGCCGGGCUUCUCAGCCUGCCUCUUCAUGUGCUCGCACACCCCCAGCCCUCGACGAGCACCAGUCUCGCUGGCCGAGCUGGAGCUGUCGACCUGAACGAGUUCCGUAUUGCCCACAGAUCCAGCUACACCAGCCACGAUGAGAUGAAGAAGCUGCCCAGCAUUGCUUCUUUCCGUCAAGGCACCUAUCUUGAGGUUGCCACUGAGCUGGUUAAGCAGACCAUGCCAAACAUGGAGUUCCGUCUCGUCGAUGACCACUACGUUGGUGACUCUGGUAUUGGCCAUGUCCGUUUCCGCCAGACCAUGCACGGCAUUGAUAUUGACAACUCUGACUUCAACGUCAACGUUGGCAAAGAUGGCAAAGUCCUCUCCCACGGAAACUCUUUCUACACCGGCCCAGCUCCCUCUUCCAACCCAAUGGUCAAGCGAGACUUCAUUGACCCAAUGCAGGCACUUCACGGUGUCCGCAAGGCUCUCAAUCUUCCAAUCAAGGCUGAUGGAGCCCACGUUGAGGACAUGAGCGAGCACAAGGUCAUGUUCAAGGGUACCUCUGGUGCUCUCUCUGACCCCACCGCUAAGCUUUGCUAUAUGGCCAAGGAAGAUGGCUCUUUGGCUCUGACCUGGAGAGUUGAAACCGAUAUUGGUGACAACUGGCUCCUCUCCUAUAUGGAUGCAAAGGAAUCCUCCAAGGUUCACAACGUAGUCGACUACGUUGCUCACGCUACCUUCCAGGUCUACAAAUGGGGCCUUGCUGACCCAACUGAGGGCAAGCGUGAAAUCAUCACCAACCCAUGGAACUUGAAGACUUCCCCCUUGACAUGGCUUUCCGAUGGACAUAACAACUACACUGCCACCAGGGGCAACAACGCUAUCGCCCAGUACAACCCAGACGGAGGCAAUGACUAUGAGAACAACUACAGACCAAGCCCAAAGAACUUGAAGUUCGAGUACCCCUACUCACCAGACAUGAACCCACCCAAGACCUACAUUGAUGCCUCUGUUACCGAGCUCUUCUACACCUCUAAUAUCUGCCAUGACUUGUACUACAUGCUCGGUUUCAACGAAAAGGCCGGAAACUUCCAGGUCAACAACCGUGGUCAGGGCGGUAAGGGCAAUGACUUUGUUAUCUUGAACGCCCAGGACGGUUCUGGCACCAACAACGCCAACUUUGCUACUCCCCCUGAUGGCCAGCCCGGCCGUAUGCGUGCCUACAUCUGGACCCGCGCCAACCCACCUCGUGAUGCUUCCUUCGAGGCUGGAACCAUCAUCCACGAAUACACCCACGGUCUCUCCAACCGUCUCUGCGGUGGCCCUGCCAACUCUCGAUGCUUGAACGCCCUUGAGUCCGGUGGUAUGGGAGAAGGAUGGGGUGACUUCUACGCCACUGCUGUCCGUCUAAAGCCCAAUGAUACCCGCAAGACCAACUACGUUAAGGGAGGAUGGGUGAACAACAGCCCCAAGGGUGUCCGCAUGUACCCAUACUCCACCGACAUGAACGUCAACCCUCUCGUUUACACCUCCAACAACAAACUCAACGAGGUCCACGCCAUCGGUACCGUCUGGUGCACCAUGCUCUACGAAGUCCUCUGGAACCUCAUUGACAAGCACGGCAAGAAUGAUGGCCCAGUCCCCAUCUUCGAGAACGGCGUUCCAAACGACGGCAAGUAUCUUGCAAUGAAGAUUGUCAUGGACGGCAUGGCUAUCCAACCCUGCAACCCCAACUUCGUCCAGGCCCGUGAUGCCAUCCUCGAUGCCGACAUGAACCUCACCAAGGGUGCCAACAAGUGUGAGAUCUGGAAGGGAUUCGCUAAGCGUGGUCUCGGUGUCGGUGCUAAGUUCGAUCCAAAGAACCGCACUGGCAGCACCCAGGUUCCAAACGAGUGUAAGUAG